GCCGCGACAACACGUUAUUAAGGCCUCUGUACGCCACUACACGCGACGCGCGCGUUUCGAACGUAGUGAACGAUCUCGCGACCGGUUCGCCGGAGCCCAUGAGCGACUAGUGACAUCUCGAUACUUGUGCUGUGUGACUUGCAGUGAAACGCUCAGUGCAUACAUGUGCAAGUGAUGGAUUACUGCGGAUCUACCUUCGAGUGCUGACGACCGGGUACGGUCCCGACGUAUGCCCCGGCGCCGCUAGCCCGGACGCGCCAGCAUGCGCGCCCCCGCGGUGCUCAUCGCCCUGCUAGGGUUUCUACCCCAGGUGCUGACGUCUGGUUCCUUCGAACUUAGGAUAAAAAGUUUUACGAACUCAUUGGGUAGGUUAAGUAGUGGGCAGUGCUGUGAUGGUUCCUCAAAUAGUGACGCGCCGUGUUUGGCGCCGUGCAGGACUAAAUUCCGAGUGUGCCUCAAGAUAUAUCAAGCUAAUAUCGACACAACGUCACCGUGUACCUUCGGUGACAUUACAACGCCUGUGUUGGGCGGCAACUCAUUGGAUGUGCCCAACCUCCACGUGGAAGGAUUUAGCAAUCCCAUCGUGUUCCCCUUCGACUUCACAUGGCCGGGCACAUUCACGCUUAUUGUGGAAGCUUGGCACGACACCAAUGAGACGUCGAGAUCUGAUGAUACCCUUAUCGCGCGAAUGACGAAACAAAGCGUUGCGGAUGUGGGGGGCCCGUGGAUAGAAGAAGAACAACGGUGGGGUGGAGCCGGCUCUGCUCAUCUGAAGCUGUCGUACAGGGUGACUUGUGCUGCUCAUUACUACGGCGCAGGGUGCGAGGUGCUGUGCAGGCCGAGAGACGAUGCCUUCGGACAUUACACCUGUUCGCCAUCAGGAGGCAUCGUCUGCAAGGCUGGCUGGACCGGAGACUACUGCUCGAAACCGCGGUGCUUGCCCGGCUGCGACGCGGAGCACGGCCACUGCCUCAAGCCCGACGAAUGCAUUUGUCAUUCGGGCUGGGUGGGCGAGCUGUGCGACCAGUGCGAGCGACACCCGGGCUGCGUGCACGGCACCUGCCUGCGGCCCUGGGACUGCAACUGCGAGGAGGGCUGGGGCGGACUGUUCUGCAACCAGGACCUCAACUACUGCACCAACCACCGCCCCUGUCGCAACGGCGGCACCUGCUCGUGCACCGUGUCGCUGGCGGAGCUCGUGUCCAAGCAAGCGGGGGGACAUCAGCGGCGGGUGGGGGGCGAGGGGGGCGAGGAGGCGCUAUCAGGGCAACAGGUGGCGUGGAUCGCGUCCGUGACGGCCGCAGUGCCGCUGGCGGCGCUGGCCGCCGUGCUGGCCAUCGUGUGCCUGCGCCGGCGCCGCGCGCGAGCCCUGCGCGCGGCCGACGCGGAGGCGCGCGCGCAGAACGCGGCCAACGCGGGCGGGCACGUCAUCCGCAACACGUGGGGCAAGUGCGACGCGCCGGCGCCGGAGUGCCAGAACGCGCACAACGCGGCGGCCGAGGAGUGCAAGCGCAAGACUCUCAACACAGAGAGCGCGCGCCUGCUGGCCGCGCUGGACCCGCGCCUGUCGCGGCUCUCCGCGGACUCCGCCUACUGCGCUAAUAGCGAUACGUCGCUAGUUAAGCGAGCGCUAGAAGGCGGAGGGGUGUACGUAUUAGACGACCAUUGCUUGCCGCCGACGUACGCGACACAAGUGUAGUGAUACUAAAUGCGUCAAUGGACAACACUAACUUAUUUAUUCACAACGGACGCUCGUGCGAAACAGGCUGUGCGCCGCGUGUAAAUAUAGCGUAAAGUGUAAAGUGACCCUGUAUAAACGUCUAGUUAUAAGCGUUCCGAAGUAUUUAUUUAAGAGAGCGAUUCGUACGCCCCUGUAAAUAGUAUCGGCGGGACGGAUCGCGUUUUUUCCGCCCCUGAUCGGUGAGCGUCGUGGCGACAGUGGCGCCGCCAAGCGUCGAGCGGCCGCCGCGAGGACCGCGCGAGCCGAGGGGCCGGUGGACUUGUCCACGUCGCGAUCUCUGUACACUUGGCCCGAGGACAUUUUGUCUACAGUUUAAAUAGUUCGUCAAAAAUUAGAAAACGUAAACAUUUUUGUAUAAAGUCUAGAUCCUCUUAAUUUUUAUAUAUAGUCCUCGUUAGCCUUUUGCUAGUUAAACUGUUUACAAAAUGUUCGAGUCCAAGUAUAGGUAACGUGUGCUGCGUCCCGUAGCUCGGUCCGCUGCGCGACGCCGCAUCGUGGCGCGGCACUGCGCCGCAUCGUGACGCGGCACUGCGCCGCGUCGAGGCGCGGCAUACGCCGCGCACUACUGCGGCCAGUGUCGCUCCACGAACACAACAACCACUAACACUAUCCCUCUAGACUCGCACCAGUAUAGAAGCCAAACCGUGCGUAAAAUAAGAUUAGACUAAUUUAUAAAAAAAA